AUGCAGACUGCUUCUACAAACAUUUGUGAAAGACUGUGCAGUAAGUCCAUCCAUGAAAUUUCCUUGCUACUAAAUAUUCCACAGUCAACUGUUAGUGGUAUUUUAACAAAGUGGAAGAAACUGGGAACAACAGCAACUCAGCCACAAAGUGGUAGGCCACUUAAAAUGAUUGAUCGAAGUCAGCGCAUGCUGAAGCGCACAGUGCGCAGAAGUUGCUAACUGUCUGCAGAGUCAAUAGCUAAAGACCUCCAAACUUCAUGUGGCCUUCAGGUUAGCACAACAGUUCAUAGAGAGUUUUAUGAAAUGGGUUUCCAUGGCUGAGCAGCUGCAUCCAAGUCUUACAACACCAAGUGCAAUGCAAAGCAUCAGAUGCAGUGGCAUAAAGCAUGCCACCACUGGACUCUAG